AUGGAAUUGGAUUGUUGUGAAAAUAAAGGAUCUUCUUCUAAAAUUAAGAUGGAUGUUUACAAUAAAGACAUGAUUACGAAUUCAAAAGAUAGUUUUAUUAAUCCUCAGCAACAACAACAAUCAAACAACGAACUGAUUAUUACUGCUAAUAGUAAAAACAUGAAUAUGGUGAAUAAAAGACGUCCACAACAGAGUAAUGUUAUAACCGAGAGACGAAGUGUGAAUAGGCGAAGUUCAUUAAUGCCAAGGUCGAAGGCUCUUUUGAGGGUGAUUGAUCAAACUGAUGAAGACUCACAUUUAGGUGAUAUAGAGAUGAGAAGAGAAUAUGAGACUACAACUCAACUGAAAAAUAUGGAUAAUUCAAUCGAGACAUUACAACAAGGUGUACCUCCUGCUUCAUGGACGAAAAUGGUAGAUAUGCCUUUAUAUCAAUGCUCCAAGUUAAAUCCAGAAAUAGAAAUGACUAACUUUCAACUGGAAAAUACAAUAUACAAUAAAACUAUUAAGAGAAAAGCAUCUGCAGAAGAUAGGCUAUUUGAUCCUUAUCCUAUACCAAUAAGCUUAAAACGAAGAGCUGUUUCACCUUCACUUUCUUUAAAUGGAUCCCCUAUUUUAUCAGACUUUUCUAGUCCUCCAAUACCUUCUACUUCAUCUUCUUAUUCCUUUUUUAAUAGUUACUUUGGAGGAACAGCCUCAGCUAACGCAGCAGCUAGAGCACAACAAAAGCCAUCUAGUAAUAGCACAUUUAACUUACAUGAAGCAAGUGGUGGAUUAAGUCGAAUGUCUUUAGAAUAA